AUGCAGAGGCCUUCCCUCGUCAUUGAGGCGCCCCUCGGCCCGAUCGAGCAAGCCAGCUGGGAAGCCUCGGGCGCCGCCGUGUCCGCCGUCGGCACGCCAUCUGAGCCGUCGAGGCGGCCGAGCCGACGGAGGCGCCUUCCCUCGUCACUGUGGCGCCUCCCAUGCCGCAACGGCUUGCAGCUCGAGGGAGCUUGCGUCUCACAAGCAGCAGUAAGCAGCAGCAGGCGGCCCGUGGAGGAUAAGGGACGAGGGGUAAGUGCAGCAGUGGGAGCUGGAGGAGAACCCCUGCCCGCUGCUGUUGAGCUUCCAAAAGCGACGGGCCUAACGAACCCGUUGGCCCCGCUGCUCAGAGGCCCCCUCCCGACGGCACCACGGCUGGCCCUCCCGCUCCGUUUCUUGCGCACUUUAUCCGCCAGCAGCCCACCUGUUUCCAACGACUCCCUCACACCUACUUUUGUCGUUGUUCGUGCUCGCCGAGGUGGUGUUUCCGACCCUGGUGGACACCAUGGUGCCUCUAUGCUCCAACCGUCACGGCAUGGCUUGUGCUUGCCGUGGCCUUUUCAGGCACCAGUUUCCAACGACUCCCUCACACCUUUUUUGUCGUUGUUCGUGCUCGCCGAGGUGGUGCUUCCCACCCCUGGCGGACACAACGGAGCUUCUACGCUCUAA